CCCGCUCCCGGCCCGCCGCCGCCGCCUCCUCCUCGGCUGACCGACGCCGCCCGGGCCCGCGCGCUUCCCUCCCCGCCCGAAGCCUGGGGAACCUGCAGCUCAAAGCCGCCGCCAGCCACAGCGCCAUGUACCCCGGCAACAAGCGGAAAAAGCUCUGGAGGGAAGAGAAAGAACGGUUGUUGAAGAUGACACUGGAAGAAAGGCGUAAAGAAUACUUACGGGAGUAUGUUGCUCUGAAAGAUAUCCCAACAUGGAUGGAAGAAAUGAAUAAGAAUCAAAAUGAAGAAGAGAACUCUAAAGAAACUUUGCCAGUGAAGAAAAGUCUAAGCGAGAAAGUCUGUCUUUACAGAGGUGAUAUUACAUUGCUUGAGACUGAUGCCAUAGUAAAUGCAGCUAAUUCAAGUCUUCUUGGGGGUGGCGGAGUGGAUGGUUGUAUACACAGAGCUGCCGGGCCCUGCCUAGUCGCUGAAUGUCGCAACCUGAUUGGCUGUGCAACCGGAGAAGCGAAAAUCACUUGUGGGUACGACCUUCCCGCGAAAUAUGUCAUUCAUACAGUGGGUCCUAUUGCACGAGGGCACAUUAGUGAUUCCCAUAAAGAAGACCUGGCAAAUUGCUACAAAUCUUCACUGAAACUGGCAAAAGAGAACCUCAUCCGAUCUAUUGCGUUCCCGUGUAUUUCAACAGGAAUUUAUGGGUUUCCGAACGAGCCAGCUGCAGUCAUUGCGCUUACCACGAUCAAGGAAUGGUUAAGCAAGAAUUAUCACGAGAUGGAUCGUGUCAUUUUUUGUGUAUUUUUGGAGGUUGACUACAAGAUUUACAAGAAGAAAAUGAAUGAGUUCUUCCCAACAGAUGAAGACAAUGAGCAAGAGAGUGAAACGAACGAGAAAACAGAGGGAGCGGAGCAGCAAAGCCGUCCUCCGUCACCCAUGAAAUGCAAACCGAAGCAAUCAGGAACCCUGGAGGAGGAUAAUGAAGCAGGUGACAAUGACACAGAGCCCAAAUGCAGCACCGAUGAAAUUGAGAGUCAAGACGCAGACUCAUCCCAACAUUCCAAAGCGACGCAAGAGCAUCUCCCGCUGCCUCCUGCCGUCUGCGAACAAGACCAACCUGUUGCAGGACUCCAAGAUGAUUCCACAGAGGAUGAAAUGAAUACUCAGGCAGAAUCUCAAAUCUCCUACAUGGAUGCAGAAGACUCUUCAGUAACCCAAGAGGCGAAAAUAGCAGAAGACAAACCCCUGGUUCCUGAAGUAGAUAAAAAUAAUCAAGAAGACAAAGGGGAAGAAAAAGGAAUACAGCCACAAGGGAAAGAGAAGCAGACUGCAGAGCCAGCGCAACCUGAAAGCCCAUGUGAUACAGAAAAUGCUUCAAGUAUUGACGUUGAAAUGAAUAGUCAGGUUGAAACCAUAGCUGAACCUACAGAAUCCCAGACUGAGAAUUAAUUGUAGACCAAGAAGAGAAGAGAACCAAGCGGUGAAACGUGAACUGCAGCCAUGGGUGCAUGAUACAACCACAUUCUGACUAGCAGAUGACAGCACACCAUGGAGUGCAAAAUGGGAAGGGGGAGGGGAUUAGGGGAGGGUGAUUCCAGGGCAGUGAUUCUUUACCUUUCUUUCUCAUCUCUAUUUGUUUUUGCUCAGUAAACAAUGUUGAAGUUUCUCUACUUCGGUUGCAGCACUUCUGUUAAGUUUUCUUUGCUUCAGCCCUGCAUUUUUCUUGUACCCUUCCUCUGAAAUUCUAAGGCAACGUGUGGAAAGGGGGUCCAUUUUUGAAACUGAACGUGGUAACAGAGAUCUAACCUCCAUCAUGACCCCAACCAAACAACGAUGCAGACAAUACUAGUCCUUUUCCCCCUCUGCCAGGCCGAAUGCUUGUUAGGCUACUUCCUGCUGCCCCCACAGAAUGGUAAAAGAAUUAGGAGCCUGAGGUGCGAAUAAACACUCAGGGCCAAUUCAAACGUUGCAGCCCCCGUGGAAUCUGCCAGGGAAACAUUUGCAUGCGGCAGAAGACCUGAAGCUGAAAAGCCCUUCCGUAUGGAGAGGCGCUAUUGGGCUGGCCUAGCGCAGCCGAUGAGAGGCUUGCAGACAUUACGAGUCCUCCGCCGUGCAGCGACAGCAUUGAGCGGCCCUCUUUUGAGGGUCUGUAAUGUUCGAAUUGGCCCUCAGACUAACUUUUAAACAAAGCCCAUGUGGAUGAAUCAGGUCACGUGGAUGUCACCCCCAGGGCAGAGAGGACAUGUGUGGGAGGGAGCAUCAGUUUUUCAAAGGAUGCCUAGAAAAACACCAUUCUUGUUCAGAAAGGAAGGUCACUCUGGUUUUCAGACACUGAACAAGUUGGCUUCUUCUUCACAUCUUGCUUUGUGAGUGUCUCAGAGGAAUUAUAUUCCCCCCGCCCCCGCUGUUUUUUUCUGGACCAUUCGUAUGACAAUCAAGCGAGAGAAUUUUUAAAUCUCCACAGUUGGCAAAUUCUUUGCUGUGUUGCCUUCUCACAGCACACAGCAUUUUAUCUGCACCCCUAGGGGUACUAUCACAAAGCUUACUAUUAUGUUGUCUGCGACUGGGUUGUAUCUCUGUUGUAUCUGGACCUUUGGGCACUAAUGUGCCUCAUGUUUUUCAGUGCCCUGGGAGUCAGAGAGAUAUCAGACAUUUGGCAUCUCACACAGGAUAAAAUAUGGCUUGUGGUGUUAAUGUCUUGUCAACCCUUCUUGUAUUUUCAACGGCACCCAUAAAAAUGCAAUUAACAGUUAUUUGAUGAGGAAUGUUGUACCAUAUGUCAUCUGUUCUGCCAGAAAAUGCUGUGUGCAACUUAAAAAACCAAGAAUUUUUAUGUUCAUUUUUCCAGCCACACUGUAAAUUAAAUGGAUACCCUACUUGCAAGAUUGAAAGAGCACCCAGCGUGGGUCCAGGGUUUGAUAUUCUGUAAACUAUUUUCCAACUGCUGUUAGAAACAAUUAGAAUAAUGUUUUUGUAUUAUGAGAUUCGGGCUUUGCUUAAUUAUGCAUCUUCCAAAUACAGCAGCUUUCAAACUCCUAAAAUAAUGACUUGCUAGCUUGAAAAAAAAGAAAGAGAAAAUGUAGGGGUGUGUGCAUGAGUGUUUGGGAACCUUGCAGCCCCCCCCCCUUUGAUCAGUUUUUCACAACAUGAAUCUAGACAGAGGCAAUGAAUUUCUUUAUAUGGAAAUAAUUUGUUCGUAACAUGCCAUUGGCAUACAUGUGUUCAUUGUAAUACUGAGAAUAUGAGAAAGGUUGAUUCAAUUUCAGAGGCCUGGUUUCAGACACGUGACUUGCCAUUUUCUUAUUUGGAACUGCAGAGCUAUAUAUCUUAAGAAUUUUUUUUAAAGUAAGUAAAAUAACAUGGUCAAUAAGAAAAUUCCCAUUUUCUUUUGGCUAAUACUACAGAGGCAAACACAAAUACAGUCUGGAUAGAUUUCGUUAGAGCUUAGAGAAGAACGCACUGUAGGUUCAAUAGGAGAUAUUAAAAUGUGUGAGGUCUUUUAUUAACACAGGGAUUUACGGACAUGGAAAAGAUAUUUCCCCCUCCCCUCUGCCACCAGCAUCCACAGUGCAUUAUGGAAAAUAGAGAAUAGAGACCCUGUCUUCGUGGAAUUUUUCUGGGGUGUCUCUUUAAUGUUCUCUGAUGAUGAACAAGGCUCCUUCCUCUGUAAAAGUUUACAGAGUAGACGUCUGUUAAUACUGGGCCACAUAUUAUUUGCUGCACCUAAUUGUAAAUCUCUCCCUGAAGCACUGAAAAAGCCUCUCUCUUUUUGUGAAUUACCCCUGUUUCUGCUUUGUGGCUUGAUUUAAAAAAAAACACACAGAGAGACAUUUCUCUAUAUGCCACGCAUGUCUGCUUUGCUUUUCAAAUGACAAAGUUAGCAAAAUAUGUUGGAUAUAUUUUCUUGGGAAAUAGGAUUUUUAUCAUACAAUUCAUCAAGGAUUUGCCUUACCCAGACAUUUGUGAUAUAAAGGAAGUCAGGAAGAAAAGUAAUUUUCUUGAUCAAAAAAUAUGUUUUUACUUCAAUGCAAAUAAAUGUAGUCUCUUGCUUGCAAAAUAUCUUCUAGCAUAAAAUAUAAACAGCUACGUAGGGUUAACACAAACCUCUUCUGUUAAUCUGACAUUUAAAUGCUGUAUUUGCUGAUGAAUCUGUUCUUUUCCUUUUGUCUGUGCCAUACAUAAAUGAAAACUCAAAACAAAUGAUGCCUUCAUACUAAAAUGUUUGUUAAAAUCAAAAAUCAGAAUAAAACCUGUUCUGAGGAUGAA